UCAUUGCAUUGCAUAUCCAACGCAAUAAAAAAAAAAAAUGGCCUCUCUUUAUAAGUUAUAACCGCAUUCGGAUUUACCUAAGUGGUGAACUGGAGAGGAAAGCAAUCAGUCCUCAGGAUUAGUCAAGCAAAGUUUAGACACCUGAGAUAUAAAAAAAAAUGGCCUCUCUUCAAGCUUCAUGCAUCCUCUUUGCCAAGCCAUCUAAAUUAUUCACCUACCAUUCCUUUCAAGUGUCGUGCAAUGCUAAGAAAGCCAGCUCUCAAGAUGUUGAAACUUCCCAAGGGAGAAUAGACCGGAGAAAUGUGCUUAUUGGGCUUGGAGGCUUGUAUGGUGCAUCCAACCUCGUGUCGAAUCCAUUGGCAUAUGCGGAUACUGUAAAAUCUGAAUCCGAAAAGUGCACGGAUCCUGUAAAACCUGACUUCAAAAACUGCGGUACUGCUUACGCUGAGAAUGAUCCUCUUAACAUUAAUUGUUGCCCUCCAGACUCCGAUAACAUCAUUGAUUACGAGCUUCCAAGGCCACCACAGAGAUUGCGCGUUAGACAGCCGGCUCAUAUGGUCGGGAAAGAGUAUAUAGCAAAGUAUGAAGAAGCCGUUAGGCUUAUGAAGGAACUCGAUAAGACCAAUCCAAAUGAUCCCCGUGGAUUCAUGCAACAAGCUAAUGUUCACUGUGCCUAUUGUAAUGGACCUCAUGAGCAAGUCGGGCAUAAGGGUUUAGACUUUCAAGUUCAUGAAUCUUGGCUCUUCUUUCCUUUCCAUAGGUGGUACUUGUAUUUCUAUGAAAGAAUCUUGGGUAGUUUGAUUGGCGACCCAGAUUUUGCUCUGCCAUAUUGGAACUGGGACCAUCCUGCGGGAAUGACGAUGCCGCCCAUUUUUGAUAACCCUCGUUCACCUCUGUACGAUGCAGUCCGGGAUCCAAACAAUAGAGGCUCUGCCGUCGUCAAUUUGAACUACACAAGCAGUGAACCCACGAACGAUCUAACGCUAGUGGCCAACAACCUCCGGACAAUGAAUAGCGAAAUGAUCACAAGCGUCAACAAUACUCUUCAGUUCAUGGGAGCUCCUUAUUGCGAUGGAAGCAAUCCCCGACCAGGUAUGGGCACAUCAGAACGUGGUUCUCACACUGCAAUUCACAUAUGGGUUGGAACCAAGGAUAAAACUGAGGAACAUAAAUAUAAUGAGGACCUAGGCAACUUUUACUCGGCAGGUCGAGAUCCACUUUUCUAUUGCCAUCACGGAAAUGUUGAUCGAAUGUGGACUAUAUGGCGAGAACUAGAUACCCCAGUCCGUAAGGACAUUACUUCACCGAAUUACCUAAAUGCCCAAUUUCUUUUCUACGAUGAAAAUGCUCGUCUUGUUAGGGUGAAAGUUGCUGACUGUGUGGACCAGGAGAAAAUGGGCUAUACAUAUCAAUACAUGCCUAUUCCAUGGCUUUGCUAUAGACCACCAAAGGAGGAGGCCGAGGCCAAGGCCAGAAUAAUGAAAAUUUCUGAUAUUCCGAAUGUAGCAGCCGUGUUACCUAUAACCCUGAAAAACACUGUCAGGGUUUUGGUUCCCAAGUCCGCCAAGGGAAAAGUGAGCGAGCAACUCGUGAUCGAAGACAUAGAGAGAGACACUACAAAAUUUAUCAAGUUUGAUGUGUUCGUGAAUGAUGAAGACGAGGAUUUUGAAGCACUGGACAGGGCUGAAUAUGCUGGAACCUUCGCACAAGUGCCGCACAGAACUAAGAACGAGAAGAGCAAAUCUUCAAUUUCUUUGGAUUUGACUCAGCUUUAUGACAACAUUGAUGUUACUGAUGAUGAUACCAUAGUGGUGACGAUUGUGCCGAGAUCUAAUGGCGAAGAUAUCACCAUUGGUGGUAUCAAGAUCGUUCCUGCGUCUUCGGAAUCUAACGAUGAUUAUUAGGUUCUUCCUGGAAUAAUAUUAAUAUUGAUAUUGAUGAAA